AUGGGACCUCCUGCUACCACACGCUGUUGGGGCAACAGCACUAGUCCCCAAGAAAAAAAACCCAAAGGGUGAAUGUAGGUUUUCCAUGACUCCUCCUCACCUUGUGUUUUGGAGGGGAAAGCUGGAGGAAGAGAUGGGUUACGUAAAGAGAAGCAUGGAAGUGGUGGAGAAUUCUGUGGCUGAUGAAGAGACCUUAGAGCCUUUUUCAGAUGUGGAAAUGGAAGCCAGAAAGCCUUCAUGACAGGUGAAUCUACCGCUGGCUGACUUUGGGAUUCUUACUUCUGGAUUUUAAAUAUUUUCUUUUUAAAAAGCUUGGACGGAUAAAAGAUGUGCCAUGGCAGGAUAGCACCAAAGAGCACCUCAGUGUUUGCCGUGGCCUCCGUGGGACAUGGAGUGUUCCUUCCGCUGGUGAUCCUUAGCACCCUGCUUGGAGACGGGCUUGCCUCCGUGUGCCCCCUGCCCCCAGAGCCAGAGAAUGGUGGCUACAUCUGCCACCCCCGGCCCUGCAGAGACCCCCUGACAGCAGGCAGUGUCAUCGAGUACCUGUGUGCUGAAGGCUACAUGCUGAAGGGUGACUACAAAUACCUGACCUGUAAGAAUGGCGAGUGGAAACCGGCCAUGGAGAUUAGCUGCCAUCUCAACGAGGAAAAAGACACCCAUACGUCACUCGGGGUCCCCACGCUCUCCAUAGUGGCUUCUACUGCCAGCUCCGUGGCACUCAUUCUCCUCCUCGUGGUGCUCUUUGUGCUGCUGCAGCCAAAGCUGAAGUCUUUCCAUCACAGCAGGCGUGACCAGGGUAUAUCUGGAGAUCAGGUCUCCAUCAUGGUAGAUGGAGUCCAGGUUGCACUACCAUCAUAUGAGGAGGCUGUGUAUGGCAGUUCUGGUCACUGUGUGCCACCAGCUGACCCCAGAGUGCCGAUUGUGUUGUCAGAAGGAUCUGGGCCCAGCGGGAGGAGCGUGCCAAGGGAACAGCAGCUGCAGGACCAGGGGGCCUGCUCCUCUGUAGGUGGAGAGGAAGAAGCCCCGGGCCAGUCCGGACUGUGUGAAGCCUGGGGCUCUCAGGGCUCCGAGACUGUGAUGGUGCAUCAGGCGUCCACCUCCUCCUGGGUGGCUGGCUCAGGGAACAGCCGACUGGCACACAAAGAAGCCACAGAUUCAGAGAACAGUGACAUACAAAGCCUUUUAUCCCUCACGUCGGAGGAGUACACAGAUGAUAUUCCACUGUUGAAAGAAGCAUGAGGGCUGCCGCCAGCCUCUGUCCUCUCUGCCCUUCCUCCCUCUCCCUAUGGGUUUGAGCACCGUGUACUCUCCAGCCACCCCCGGAUACUUGAGCUGCCACCUGUGUAUCUGUGUAUCUCUGAGGGCCUGCAGGCCCACCUUGCUGGAAACUGAAGGAAGAUUCUCGCCAUCUGCCUGCUGGACAGCUGGAGGAGCUGGCUCUUUGCCUGGCCUGGCCUUCUUAUCUGUCGGGGAUAUAUUUGAAUGUGCUGGAUUGAACCCUUUUCUUUCCCUGAGCCUCUGGGUCCCCUCCAGCCACAUUUUUGGCCACAGCCCCACCAGCCCACAUGGGCCUCAGUGCCGCUGCAUUUACUUGUGCCUUCCCCCCACCCCUUCCAGUUUCCCUGUCAUGCGGUCUUGUUGCUGUCCACAAGCCUUAGUGGCCACACAGCUGUCCCUUGCCUCACAGGGGCCAGGCCUGAGUCUGGUCUGUUUCCUUUGAGAGCUGGCACUGCUGCCCUUUGCAGGAGCAGACACAAAAGUCAGAGCUCUCAAGUCAGGAUUGGCUCUAACUGGAGUGAGAGUGUGAGUCCCUGGGGCUUGCCUUGGUUACUUUGGUGGUGCAUUUCCUUGGCCGAGGAUGGAGAUUUCGGAAAUUGUGCCAAAGCCAUCCCAACACCUGGCUUUCCAGCUCAGAGGUGCAGGCCUCUGGUCCUGUUGAGUUGAGAGUUUCCAAGAAGCAUCCAGAAGGUCCCGAGAGAGGGAAGAAAGGUGGCUGAUAAUGAUUGUCUUCCUGAUAUGCAAGUCCCUACUUCCUCCUUCAGCAUUGGGCUUCCUGGCCUUGGUUUCCCCUACUUCCCUGUAGUGUAGGGGAAAUUGCAUGCUGCCUCCUGGGUUUAAUCCCAGGUAGCUCCGGCUUCCCUGCUGCCCACAGGGCCUGAGGCAGGAGAGCUGCUGAGGUGCCAUGGAAUGCCCAUCUGGUCACUGGCAGUCUGGGCAGGUUGCCCCUUUCUGGGUUUGUGGUGAUGGAGGGGAGGCUAAGAGGCACAGACGGAGUUUCUGGGUGGCUGCAGGCAGCUCCAGCCCAGUCCUGAGGAUCCUCCUCACCAUGGUCAUGUGCCUUAGUAACUGUGCCCAGGAAGUGGCCUGCUGUCUGCCACGCCACUGCUUUCCCUACUUUUUUUUUUUUUUUUUUUAAAAGAUGACCGGUAAGGGGAUCUUAACCCUUGACUUGGUGUUGUCAGCACCACGCUCUCCCAAGUGAGCUAACCGGCCAUCCCUAUAGAGGGAUCCGAACCUGUGGCCUUGGUAUCAUCAGCAUCACACUCUCAAGUGAGCCAUAGGCCAGCCCUUGCUUUCCCUACUUCUGCCCUUCCCUGCCACCCCUCCACAUGUCACAGCUGACAGGCAACUCUUUGUCUCCCUGGGACCUUGGGGGAGGGCUGAGAAGCAGUUCACAUGCACCCCCAACUUUAUUGGCCUGAGGUGGGCAAGUGGGUGUGGAGCAGCCUGGCUCCAAGGCCUCUUUAAGCUGGAGCCUGGGGUGUGAGGCCCUGGGGGGAGGACCCCUGGCGGGGAGGGGAUGCUCCAGACACUUCUGCUGGGGUCUCUCCCUUAGCCAUGUGUUGGAUGCUCACAAGACUGAGGUGGAUCCGCCAGGCUGCUGUCAUCUUCAAAAGAUAGAUGUGGCAUUAAGGAAUGUUUGUUUUUGCUUUUUUUUCCCUGAGGCACUGGGGCUGGGAAACUUCGAAGCUGACCCUGUGGUGCACCUCUGCUCCUCCCCCAAGCCUCUCUGUUUGGGCUGGUAAAAAUAAUCAAAAAGCCCAGUAUAUUUUCAGUACCUGACCCAACAGGGUUUGCUCCAGGCAUGGGUGGCCUCAAAGAUGAGGGGCAUGGCCUCGUCCUAGCCCGUUGCCCUCCCCACUCCACUCUUACACAACGCACUUUACUACCCGGUCGUUCCCUGGCCUCUUGCCGCCACAUGUAGUCUUCCUUCUGCUCAGGGUAAGGGCAGUGCCUGCUGUGCCUGCUGUGCCUGUUGGCCACUUCCACACACCCCCCUCCCCCCAAGAGUCCUCAUCUACUAUGCCCAAAGCCCAGGCAGGCAAGGUUAGAUAGGGAAGGGGUUGGAGAAGGUGCUAGAACUAGAAGGUAGAAGCCUGAGGAAGAUGAGACUGGCAGGGGCCCACCUGGAGGGGGUUCUGAACGACCCAGCUGCACACGGGGUCUUCUUCACUUGCAGUGGUGUCCUUGUCAUCCUUCAAAAAAAGAAAGGGACAAACUGAGAGGGUGGUGGGGUGUGGGCGUGGUUCUGAAGUCUCACUGCUGAGCCUUCAGCUUUUAUUUCCCACUCUUCCAAAACCUGAAUUCUGGAAUUUUUUUUUUUCUUGCGGCUGGCCGGUAUAGAAUAUUUUUUAAAAUGAAAGAUCUUACCCUUUUUUAUCUGGUUACUCUGGGAUUUUUCCCCCUAAGAGAUUGCACUUUUUGUUUUGGAUUUAUUCAGCCACAUAGGCGAUUGGCUCAGCCCUUGGUAACAUGAAAAGCCUUCCUUCUGGAGCCUCCCUCCACCUCACCCUCUGUUAACACCACUCUGGGGAUUGCCAGCCUGGGCUUGUCUGCCUGGUAGGAAAGUAAGAAGUCAGAACAGGUGGGAGCCUCGGCUCCCCUCCCUGCCCCCGUCACUGGCUUUGAUGAGGCCCACUUUCCUCAGUUCACAUUGCUGCUGGCAAGUUCCCAACCAUCAGCCAUGUGCUGCUGUUUCUAGGGCUUCUGGGCUUUGUCACUUGUAGAGGGAUUAGGGGCUCCACAGCUUCCUUGAGGUACGGCCUGGCUGAGAAAGAAGGGCCAGGGACGGGUGGCUGUUAGGAAGAAGGCCGUGUGCGGAACCUGGAGCAGGUGGGGAGGGACUGGCCACAGCCCUGCUUCCUGGGUUCACCUAGGGGAGUCUGGCAGAAGGCUUGUCCAGCACCAAAGGACUUUUUAACAGGGGUUUUGGUGUUUGGUUGUUUUUAUUUUUGUUUUUUUGUUUUUUGGGGGCACACUUGAGCUGACUCAAUGCAGGUUUUAUAUCCUGGUUGCUUGCAGUCAUAUUCUAGCGACUUUCAAGGGCCAGAAUAUGGUGAAAGUCACUUAAAAUUUCCGUCCCUUCCCUGCUUCAGUUUAGCAGGUAGGCUCUAUUUUUUGCCAUUUCUUUAUUUCUUGUGCUGUGUUCCGUUUCACUGGGUGUGAACUGUGAAAUGGGCUGAGUCCUGGCCACUUUGAUUUUAUAAGGCAUUUCAAUGUACAUUCUACAAGCACUCCAUUUGCAAACAGACCUUCUACUAAUAUUGCCUUCCCAGUAAUCUUGCCCUCUUCAUCCCACCCCCAGCUUUAAAAUUCUGUGAAGAAGCCAGAUGGCAAGACAGACAAAGGUAUACUUUUCCUGCUUCAUUAGUGGUGGCAUGGGAUGAUAGCACUCAGCCCUUUCCCUCCCAGUCCCAGCUGAGCUCUCAAACCACUUGCUUUCUGCAUAAAAAUGUCACCUCCAUAUCCAGGGAACAUCCUUAGAGAAUGGAAUAUGCUGCAAAAUUUCUACAUCCUUGCUUUUUUCCCCCGCUUUUCCUCAAAGAGAAAAAAGGGCCUAGAAGGGAAGUGGCAUACAGGCUUCACAGCCUAAUUCCACAUGUGCUUGCAGAGAACAGGGAGACUGGGGGCUUCUCUUGUGGGGCCUGCUGGGUCUCCUGGGUCUCCUGGCUCUCAGCAUAGGGACAGUCAUUACUGGUGCUCCAAGGAGGGGCUUGGAGAAUAUUUUGCUUUGAAGAUAUUUGGGCUGAGGGGUGCAGUAGCUAGCUCCCUGCAGAGGGAAAGGUGGCAGGCCCAGCUUUGCUAGGAAGCAACUUAAUUUCCAGUUGAAAACCUAGUAGAAUUUUGGAUGAAAACCCCAAGGUUGAGCCCUCUGCCAAGUAGCAGAGCUAGCUGAAGGUGUGCCCGGCAAAGCACUCGGAUUGCCAGCAAGGAGGAGAGCUGAUUGAGGGUUGCGUGGCAGCCUCCGCCCCUGCCCUGGCUUCUUAAGGUUAUCGCACCACUAUGGAAUCCUUUGCAGAAUGGUACUCGUAUAAUGGUUUAAAACAAACACGCAUAAUUGACUCUGUGCAGGAUGUCACUCAAUCAGUUUGGGUUUGCUUUAUUUUAUUUUAUAUAUAUAUUUUUUGGUAUCCUGUACAUUGCAGUGGGUGUGAAGAUAGUAUUUUAAUAUUUGUAUAAAGUUUAAUUUAAUUUUAAUUGUUCUGUGUAUAUAACUGCAUUUCUAAAUAAUAAAAAAAGUUCUCUUGAA